AUGCAAUACAAGAAUCUAGGGAGAUCUGGGCUGAAAGUGAGCCAGCUCUCUUAUGGAGCUUGGGUAAGUUUUGGGAACCAACUAGAUGUCAAAGAAGCGAAAUCACUCUUGCAGUGUUGCAGAGACAACGGUGUCAAUUUCUUUGAUAACGCUGAGGUUUAUGCUAAUGGAAGAGCUGAGGAAAUCAUGGGUCAAGCGAUCCGUGAACUCGGGUGGAAGAGAUCAGAUAUAGUCGUGUCUACUAAGAUCUUUUGGGGAGGUCCUGGUCCUAAUGACAAAGGCUUGUCUAGGAAACAUAUUGUGGAGGGUACUAAGGCUUCUCUUAAGAGAUUGGAUAUGGACUAUGUUGAUGUCAUUUAUUGUCAUCGCCCGGACAGUUCCACACCAAUUGAUGAGACAGUGAGGGCAAUGAAUUACGUGAUUGAUAAGGGUUGGGCAUUUUACUGGGGGACUAGUGAAUGGUCAUCACAGCAGAUCACUGAAGCUUGGGGCAUUGCAGAGAGGUUAGACAUGGUGGGGCCAAUUGUUGAGCAGCCAGAGUACAAUUUGCUCUCCAGGCACAAGGUUGAGUCUGAAUACCUUCCAUUGUAUACCAACUAUGGCCUUGGUCUUACCACAUGGAGUCCACUUGCAUCUGGGGUGCUCACUGGAAAAUACAACAAAGGAGGCAUACCUCCUGAUAGCCGAUUUGCUUUGGAAAAUUACAAAAAUCUUGCUACCCGGUCAUUGGUUGAUGAUGUGCUAAAGAAGGUUAAUGGAUUGAAGCCAAUUGCUGAUGAACUAGGCGUACCUUUAUCUCAACUUGCAAUUGCAUGGUGUGCUGCAAAUCCAAAUGUCUCAUCAGUUAUUACUGGUGCUACAAAGGAAUCUCAGAUUCAAGAAAACAUGAAAGCUGUUGAUGUGAUCCCUUUACUGACUCCUGCUGUGAUGGAAAAGAUCGAGGCUGUUGUUCAAACCAAACCAAAACGUCAAGAUUCAUAUAGGUAA